AGUGCAGUCGAAGAAGAACAGACCUUUGCUCCCGUGCACCAGCUGUUCUUUCUCUUUCUUUCCAAAAAGAUAAUUGAUAAAGGAUUAUCUUUCUUUUCGAAUGGACGAAGUGUAACAUAAGUUCAGGGGAAUAAGGAACGAACUACCGAUAAAAGAGUUCCUUUUCGUUUCGAUUGUUCGUCGCCAUUAUUGAAAAUCUAUAGUUCACACGACGUCAAUUAUAGAUUUUCACCACUGACAUUGAAUAUCGCGAAAUAAUGGCUUUGUUAUAUCAAAUAUAGAGCUCGAUGGCGCGACACGAAUAUUUCUCAAUGUUUCUUCAGAAACAACGAAUAUAAAUUCUAUUGCUCGUCGACAUCAGAUAUCAAGAAUCUUUUUAGUAACACUAGAAAAAAAAAAUGUCCAACCAUUUUGACGCCGACUAUAUUCUCGUCCCCGACAAUCAGCUGACUUCCGGUAUUAAUGCGAGGCGUUAGAUAUUAGUAAAGUGUUUCAACAGUUUCGUUUGACGGGGAAAUUUAUUUUUUUCACAAGACGUGAAACGAAUCUUUCUCUUGCAUAAGAGUAUAUUGCGGUUUUUUGAUUCGUCGUUCAGUUUAGUUCCGGCCGGAACAAAAUUUUUAUGUAAAUUUUCGUCUAACCGCACGACUUAGAGCGCGACUCAACGAAACACAUUUUUCAAAGCUACUUUGCUAAUUGUAUCCCCCAUUAUUCGACUCUCAACGAGUAAAUUUCUGUCGUGACUCAUGGAUGCUAUAUAACGCCGUUAUCUCUGGUUUUAUCAUCGAAAGUAAUAUGAAUUCGAAAGAGAACGAUGGGAGUAAUCAGGAUAAAGGUGAGGUAAAGGUUGACCUUGCUUUGAAGAAUGAUAAUCAGUCUUUGGAUAAUCAGGAUGCUGUGACAUCCAAAAUACAAUUAGAGAACAAAGCUACGGAACACUUGAGGCUGAAUAACAACAGCAAUGAGAGUAACAUGAAGCUUGUAUUACCAUCCAAGACUGCUGUCAUGCUUUCCAAUGGAACCAAAUCUGUUCAAUCUCCCACAUCUGAUUGUGCCAAUUCCAUAGAACAGAAUGUUUCUCAAGUUGCAUCCAACAUAUCUUCUGUAUUUACAAACACCACCAAUAUUAAACCUCAGACUGUGAACACUAAUUCUGUGUGUCAAUUGAAGCAUAAGACUGUCAUAAAUGCAAGUUCAUUGAAUCUGCCCAAGUCUCAAAUGCACUUGAAUUUGUCGUUUACCCAACCAAACACAUAUUUUAAUCACAACUUAGUGUCGGCCGCACUCAAUUCUACCGCAGCUAAUUCUACCGGUGCUAAGUUAUAUUCAAGUAUAUCUCCAUUAAAUGCAUCCUCAAUUCCUCCUAAUUUACCAACAAGUAAACCAAAUGAUGACAUUGAUAUGAAGAACAAUGUGGAUUAUGCAUCUGUAAUAGAAAAGUGUCCUCCUAAAGUUUCUUGCAGUUCAGAUUCUAGUCCGGAAGCUGACUGUUCUUGGAUAACAAAAUCUUGUGGAUCUAAACGUGUAUUGAAUAAUAUAGGUGGUAGUAUAGGUUCAACAAGUCAGGGAACUUGUUGUUUUUUAAGACCUAAUAUAAAUGGCAGCAGAGAAGCUGCUGGACCCAGUGGAUUACAGAGGCCUUUACAGAGAGAAGUAGAACGAAUGGAUUCUAGUUCCGGAAACGAAGGAGAUAUGUCUGAUGGAGAAGACUAUUGCAUCUAUACUUAUAAGGGAAAUGGUGAUGUAAGUCAUUUGGAUCAACAACACGAACUGAAUCAAGGCCAUGCGGAAAAUCAUGAAGCGGAAGGACAGAAUCACAGUGGCAGAUCGAGUCCUGAGAUGGAUUUUCUGGAAAUGGAUUUUGAUCCUGGUCCUUCUUGCGAACAGGAUACUGGAGACAGUGAUUUAGCCUCUAUAAAUGAAGACAUACAAAAUAUAGUAUUAGAUAAUACAGAACCAGAUCCAGUAUUAAACGAUUUAAGCAGUGGAAAAGUUGUAUCCAGACAAGGAUUAGUGACUAUGCCACAAACUUCAAAGCAAAGUGCACAGAAUGUUAAUCACACUACUUUCCAACCAUGCACAAGUAAUCAGCCUGCACUAGAGCAGAGUGCAAAGUCAACUUAUUCUACUACAUGGAUGCCUAAUACCAGUACCGGAACCGGAAGAUGGGACAGUGCAACGUUAUAUCGUAAUACAGGUUGUCCGUUACGAGAAUCGUACAGUUAUCACAAUACAAGUGGUGAUCUCAUUUCACCUGGUGAUAACAGAGAUUCAGAUUCUGAAUUGUGGGCUGAACCCUCGACAGCGUCUGCCUCAGACAAUUCCAAUUUAAAUGCUAGGAGAGUUAAUCUCAGUUCCACGCUUUACCAUCGAAUGAUGGCUAAGAAGUUAAUGCUCAAUAAGCAAGCUGCAUUUAAUCAAAGUGGUGAUUCUAAUCUGGAAAGUGAACUGUGUAAUGAAAGAUUAGAUGGAUUAUCGCCAGUUGAAAAGGUAAUGUUAUGGACUGAGCAAGAAGCCACGGUAAAACAAAUAACGCAAAUUGGUACAUCUGCUUGUGGUGCUACAUCCGCGAUUAAUGCUUUGUUGGCCUUAAAUAUAUCAUUUUCCUUGGAAGUAUUAGUCAAGGGUGUGAAUACAAGGUUGAGAGAAUUAGGUGUACCACUACCAAGAUAUCUUGUCAGUCGAUCAUUAGCAGGCGCAACUCACAAAGAUAUAGCACGAGGAAUAUCUCUCUCUACUAAUGGCGCAGCUAUAACAAAGUUCUUUGCAUUUUAUCCAGAAAGAAAAGUGUCGCUGUCUCACUGGUUGCAUUAUUGGAUUUCUAAAGGUGCUGCACCAAUUGCAACAUUGAAUUUGCAACAUUGUGGAGAAGGAUACGAUAUACCAGAUGCGUGGCAUCAUCAAAUGAUAUUCGGUGUGGGACAGGCUGGCAUAUAUCUAACAAAUCCCUUGGAAUGUUUAUCCGAACAGCUUGUGUGGCAUCAGUUGGUCAGUCCUAGUAUUCUGUUGAUACGAAGAGCGGAUGUUCUCGCACAUUGGAACGCGAAUACAGACUUAACGCCACUUGCUAAAAUGGAUCAAAAGUGGCGAAAACUUAAUGUUCUUGGACAAGUUGUAAAUAUGGUACGCGAGGAAAUGAGUCAGAGGCAACAACCUAAUAGCACAACCACCGGCGCGACUCACAUUCGUAUUCCAGCGUCUUACCAAGCAGGCAUUACAUUGGUCAUGUGUGCGGAUUCUGCCGCAGCUACCGAAUUGUUACAUGCGGAACAACUACCACUACUCUAGUCUUACUGAUCAAAAAUCAAUAAACACACACUGGACUGGCCCAUUUGAUUUACAAUAAAUUUUAUUAGCAGAGAUUAAAUCUGCACAAAUGUUCUUACUCAUAGUUCGUUUAACUAUGUAAACUAACAUGAUAAUAAUUUACAUUUUUGACACAAAACACGUUUGUAUUCAAAGAGAAUAUUAUUGAUUAAAAUAUAUUUCAAUAGAAUAUUUCUGUUUUAUACACAGUUAUAUUCAUUGAUCAUAUUGAGCUAGAAAAACGAAAGUUUAAUUUUUAUCGCGAGUAGCAGUCGUAUGCUGCUAGUUGUACGUUGUAUGUUUUAGACAAAGAACAGCUGACAGUUUUAUUUGUAACAACAAGUAGGAAGUUGUACACAAAUUUAUUAAAAAGAGUUAACAAGCGUGCGACACGGGUUAAAGAUACUGAGAUAUUUUAACAUUUGUUUCUUUCCAAACGAUUAUAUGAUGCAGAUUUAACGUGAUACUGCGACUCACGGUUAAUCGAUAGAAAACGACCGAAUUAAGAGAUGCGGCAGCGUCUUAUAAACAUAU